CAACGUCAUUUGACAUUUGGUCGCGGUGCUUGUACUAUUCUCCGUUUGUGAUUAAAUAUUUUUUUAAUAAUUUUUCAAAAUGAUUAGUGUACUAAAUACUAUCGAUACGGGCCAUGAAGAUAUGAUACACGAUGCAGAAAUGGAUUACUAUGGAUUAAGGCUCGCCACAUGUUCUUCGGAUAAUUCUGUAAAAAUCUAUGAUAUAAAAAAUGGCACUCAAACUUUAGUUGCUGAUUUAAAGGGUCAUUUUGGUCCAGUUUGGCAAGUCGCCUGGGCUCACCCUAAGUUCGGAAACCUCCUCGCAUCCUGCUCUUACGACAGAAAAGUGAUUAUAUGGAAGGAAGCCGGGGAAUGGACGAAAUUGUAUGAAUAUACAGGACAAGAAAGUUCUGUGAACUCAGUUGCGUGGGCGCCAUCUGAUUAUGGUCUGAUACUUGCAUGCUGCAGCUCCGACGGUUCUAUUUCCAUCAUAACAUACUCGCAGGACAGUGGUAACUGGGAUGUUAAGAAGAUAUCUGGUGCUCAUGCUAUUGGCGUGAACUCCGUCAGUUGGUGUCCCGCUAUUUCUGCAGAUUUAAAUCUUGAUCCACUUAGCAACAAAGAUGCCCCAAAAAGAUUAGUAUCUGGUGGAUGUGACAAUUUAAUAAAAAUUUGGAGAGAGCAGGGUGACCAAUGGGUAGAAGAGAAUCGUCUAGAAAUGCAUAUGGAUUGGGUCAGAGAUGUAGCAUGGGCACCAUCACUUGGCCUUCAACGAUCUAUGAUUGCCAGCUGUUCCCAGGACAAGAGAGUAGUAAUCUGGUCUAGUGAUGAUAACAUAUCCUGGAAUCCAACAAUCCUCAAUACAUUUGAUGAUGUCGUGUGGAGCGUAAGCUGGUCUUUGACAGGUAAUAUCUUAGCUGUCUCAGGUGGAGACAAUAAAGUGAGCCUUUGGAAGGAGAGCACAGAUGGCCAGUGGUUAUGCAUAAGUGAAGUUGCCAAAGGAUUGGGCCAAACUCCAAAUGAAGAAAGGAGUACACUCUAAAAUCGUAAUAAUGUUUUUUUGUUAUAUUAAUUUCUGUAAUUAUAUUUUAAUAUUAAAUAUAAAGUAAUAUAAUUUAAUAAA